AUAGCUCUAAGAGGGAUUAGUUGAGCAGGGUUAAUCACAAUUAAUUGAAUAUGGCAAGUUUCAUCAAGUUAUGGGUUUGCCUUAUCUUGCUUCUACUCGAGCUCUCGGUGCAUCAAUGCCGGCCAUUGGUUGGAGAAGAGACGCCUUCAGAUUCAGGGAACAUAAGAAAGAUGAUGAGAGAACUUCUAAGAAGAUCAGAAGAGUUGAAGGUGAGAUCUAAAGGCGACAAAACAGUCCUAGGCCAUACCCAUGAUUCAAAGCGACUUAGCCCGGGUGGACCGGACCCUAGACAUCACUAAAAACUGUCUAAUGGUGUAUCCUUUGGUGAGGUUUUCAAGCUUGUAACGUCAAUAGAGGCUUUGUAUAAGGGUUAUGUGAAGUAACCCUACGGUUACCAUCUUAUUAACAUUGAC